CACGUGAUCGUCUUUGUCUUGGAGUGCAAUAUCUCUGCGACAGAACGUUGGCUGUUUACGAAAGGAUAUUAAUUGAGAAUAAUUUGCAGACCAGGAUCGCAAAGCAAGUUCUCCAGUAAGCGGAGUGAUCGGGAUCUGAAUAUCAUUGACACUUAACUGUGAGAGGAAAGAGGUUUGACUGUUCUAUCCGUGGGAGAAUAUUCCUGGUAACUUGAAAGCAGGAUAUUCAAAUUUUUGGUUAGAUCACCCCUGGGGAUUUUGAACAUUGAAGGAAAAAGCACUGUUCACACCAGGGAGCAAUGCGUAUUGUCUGUGUGUCGAAGAGUCUGUGAAGAUUCAUCUGAAAUGUCCAAAGACCAGCGCAGUCACACUGGGGAGAGACUGUGGAAAUGUGGGGAUUGUGGGAAGGGAUUUAUUUACCCAUCCCAGCUGGAAAUGCACCAACGCAGUCACACUGGGGAGAAACCGUUCACUUGCUCUGAUUGUGGGAUGGCAUUCACUCAGUCAAGCAACCUGCUGAAACACCAGCGAGUUCACACUGGGGAGAGACCGUUUGCCUGCUCUGUGUGUGGGAAAGGAUUCGCGCAGACAUCUCACCUGCUGAAACACCAGCGAGUUCACACAGGAGAGAGGCCAUUUACUUGCUCUGUAUGUGGGAAAGAAUUUGCUUUGUCAUCCAGCCUGUUGACACAUCAGCGAAUUCACAAUGGGGACAGACUGUUCACCUGCUCUAUCUGUGGGAAAGGAUUCGUUUCGUCAACCAACCUGCUGAGACACCAGCGAGUUCACACCAGAGAGAAAUCAUUCACCUGUUCUGUUUGUGGGAAAGGAUUCACUCAGUCAUCCUCUCUGCUGGAACACCAGCAAGUUCACACCGGGAAAAGACCGUUCAUCUGUUCUGAAUGUGGGAAAGGAUUCACUCGCAUGUCCAAACUAUUGGUACAUCAGCGAGUUCACACUGGGGAGAAACCUUUCACCUGUUCUGAGUGUGGGAAGGGAUUUACUCACUCAUGCAACCUGCUGACACAUCAGCGACUUCAUACUGGAGAGAGACCAUUCACCUGUUCGGAGUGUGGGAAAGCAUUCACUCAGACAGUUCACCUGCUGAUACACCAGCGAAUUCACACUGGAGAGAAACCAUUCACCUGUUCCAAGUGUGGGAAGGGAUUUGCUCACUCAACCAAUCUGCUGAGACACCAGCGAGUUCACUCUGGGGACAGACCAUUCACUUGUUCCAUGUGUGGAAAGGGAUUCACUCAAUCAUCCAAACUGUUAACACACCAGCAAGUUCACCACAACCACAUUUGAAGGAUUUUGUUCUUACAUCAAGGAAUGAACUGUGAUCUUUGGGCUGUUUGUACUGAUGUCAUUAGUCCCUGCUCAAAACUUGAUCUUCUCUUGGGAAAUAAGGUAGGGCAGGUGACUGAGGGGUCAGUGGGGGGAAAUAUUUUGGGGCCUAUGAUCAUAAUUCUAUUAGUUUUAAAAUAGUUAUGGAAAAGGAUAGACCUGGUCUAAAAGUUAAAGUUUUAAAUGGGAGUAAUGCCAAAUUUGACACUAUUAUGCCCCUGAAAAGAACAGUAAGACCACCUAUGUGUGGGAACGCACGAGAUGGGUGAGAUGUUAAACAAGUAUUUUACAUCAGUAUUUACUGUGGAAAAGGAUAUGAAAGCUAGAGAACUUAGAGAAAUGAAUGUGUGUCUUGAAAAAUUCCAUAUUAUAGAGGAGGUGGUGCUGGAUUCUUUACAAAGCAUAACGGUGGAUAAAUCCCCAGGACCUCUUUAGGUGUAUCCUCGAACUUUGCGGGAAGCUAGGCUUGCGAUUGGGCCCCUUCC